GGUUUUGGUGCAAUUCCAAGUGGCCCUUUGAUACAGCAGUCAUUGACAGAAACAGCAGUUCCACCACGUGAUAUGCCCUAUCAUUGAUAUGAUUCAAUGGCUUCGAAGCUACAACCUUUGCACACGACACAGACAUCAACAGGAAUUCGCACGUUUUUAGAGCGCACAGAUCAGAAGCGGAUCAUGCUGCUUUAUUAUCUUACAGCCGUAUAUGCCUCGCAACGUUAAAAGCUUCUACGUAAGGGUGCAUUAGCAAGCUCCUAUUAUCCAAAAUAUUCUCUCUUUUUGAGAGAGAGAGAGAGUAGAGUCAAUGAUCAGCGAUGGAAAAAAUGGAGGUUUCACUGCUGUUCAUGGUGGCUCUCAUCAUCUAUAACGUCAUAUUAGCAUUUCGUUAAUACAUUGUGGGAAUAAAGGACAACGAGAAGAAGACUAGGAAUCCAAAAAACUUAACUUUGUCCUUAUUUAUUCGAAAUUCAUGAUACUAAAACCCAUAUUCGUGAACUCCAACUCGAAUUUAAAUCCAAAUUCUUCUUUCCAAACACAAUCUAGAUGUAAAUGUCAUCAUUUUAACAUCCUUAUUCGUCUCAGACAUCUAUUAGAAGAGACGAUACUUUGCAGUGGUUCAUGUUUUUUCUUUUAACAUUUUUCAGAUGAGAACUGUCCCAUAAGCAUAAUAGACCAAAAAGGGGCCCCAAUUACUUUUUUUGGAGGCCCAACAAGAUGGCUGAGGAAAGCCAGACCCAAUACGCUCGCUCUUAUCACUUUAAUCUAGCACCCAAUAAAUAAAGCCCAAUAGCUGAGCAGAUUGAUCAUGGCAUCUCUUAUCUUCUCGCCAUUGCGCUUCACUUGCACUUCUUCCAAUUUUCGCUUCCCUUUCUCAGGCCCUAGAAUCCGAGUCUGCAUCUCACCUUCCCGCCGUGUCUGGACUAGGUCUUCGAAAUCAAUGAGUAAAUCCGCUGGACAGGAAUCACUGCCAUCUCAGGACCAAGACGGCGUCAAGACAGAGAACUCCGACGUCCUCGUUCAGUACGUGGUGCUCCGGCGAGACCUAAUCGACACGUGGCCGCUCGGAAGCGUCGUGACACAGGGCUGCCAUGCCUCCGUUUGUGCCAUUUGGUCCCACAAAGACGAUCCUCACACCGUCGACUAUUGUAGUGCCCAGAAUAUUGAUUCUAUGCAUAAGGUUACUCUCGAGGUGAAGGGUGAACCUCAGAUAUUGAACUUGUCAGAUAAGCUAACAACUGCUGGCAUAACUCACAAGCUGUGGAUAGAACAACCUGAGAACAUUCCAACAUGCCUCGCUACGAAGCCCUACCUCAAAUCCGUAGUUUCAUCAUUUUUUAAGAAGUUGAAACUCUGUAAGUGAUGUAACCUUAAAAUUUUGACCAUCCCAAUUAUGUUUGAUGUGGGCGUUGUUAGGAAAUGACUUGAACUAUCCAUUUGAAUUCAAUUUUAUCUCAACAACUGAAGUAAAGCUUGAAAUCUGAUUAGCAGCCCA